AUGAAUAAAGGAGAAAACUCAGACUCCAUCCCUAUUGAUCUCAUUCUUGAGAUACUCUCGAGAUUGCCUGCAAAGUCAAUCAAGAAGUUUCAGUGUGUGUCGAAGCUAUGGCGUUCCUUGCUUUGCAAGCCAUACUUCACCGAGUUGUUCUUGACUAGGUCAUCGUCUCGUCCACGUCUCUUAAUUGGGGUCAAACAAGACAGUGAGUGGUUUUUGUUUUCGUCGCCUCAGCCUCAGAAUCCAUCCUCUCCUGUCGUCUCCGCUGAUUCUCACAUGAAGAUUGGUCGUUAUGUCCUAACAUUAGGAACUGAAAAACUGAGUUGGAGGCUCAUCCAAUGUCCGUUUAUUCCCUAUAAUGAAUUUAUAGGUAAUGGGAUAUGCAUCAAUGGGGUUUUGUAUUACUUAAGUUACAACGGGGAUUAUUGGUUAAGUUGCUUUGAUGUUAGGUCUGAGAAAGUUAAGUUAGUUGGUGCAAGCACACUUGGCUAUAUUCAUUGGCAAACUAAAUUGAUAAACUUUAAAGGUAAAUUAGGUUUGGUUAAUACAUGGCAUACUUAUUGUGGUGGAUUUCCCCUUGAUUUACGUAUGUGGGUUCUUGAAGAUAUUGAUAAACAGAAAAUUUCUGCAUAUGACUAUACUUUAAGGACUGAUAAUGGUAUAGUCUUUAAGGAUGGCGACUAUAUUUCUGUUGUUGGGGCGACGGCUUCUGGUGAAAUUGUUUUGGUGAAGAAUAAGGCAACUGAACCGUUUUAUGUUUUCUAUUUUAAUCCCGAGAGGAACAUUCUCCGAAGUGUUGUAAUCCAAAGUGUUCGACAAAAAGGGAAAGAAUGGUCUACCCAUCAUCAAGAAGUUCACGUCUUUGUAGACCAUGUAGAGGAUCUUAAUUUUGAUGUUAUGAAGGCAAUAGAUGCUGCAACGUCUAUAAGCCGACCAGCACAACAACAUCAGCAACAACAACAUCUAUAA